AUGUGCGACGCGCCUGCACAGCCUCAGGCAGUCGUCGGCCCGAUCCCUACAUGUCAAGGUGUGAUCAACAAGCAGAUGGCAGCACGAGCGGAGCUCCCUCCGCCACGACGGAAGCGCGCCCUGAGGGACUCGGGCCCUGCACCCUGGAGCUCCUGCCAGGUCCAGCUCGCCUGCCUGCGCGGCAUCCCCCGGGGCCGUAGGCGACCCGAGGAGGAGGAGGAGGAGGAGGAGGAGGAGGAGGGGGGGCGCGGAGACGAUCGAAGGCGGGACGGGGGGCGCAGGCGGCGCCCCUGGGGGGCCCGAGACAGGCCUCGGGGCGAGUCCCAGGGGGAGCCGCGGGGCCUCCCCAGCACGAAAACGGCGCCCAUGCAUCGUUCCAUGUCUGGACUGCCGUCGGGCCCCGCUCCAGCGCGGUGCGGGGCAUCUCGAUAA